AGCGCGUGCUCGGUAGAACAAUGCUUCUUUCUGCCCAUAUGAUGUAGUGGAAGCGUAUAGUAGAUAACGUCAGCUGCCCCAGUCACGUGGGACAAUUGUCUAUCAUGGCCGACGCUCAGGACACAGCCAGCACUUUGCCUGCUCCAACGAUGGGAAAGCAAAGAAGGCUUCACCGAUCCUGUUUACUAUGUCAUCAACGGAAGAUCCGAUGCGACAAAAAGUCACCGUGUAAGAACUGUAGCCGCGCCGACGUCUUGUGUUACUAUCCGGCGCCGGAACAAAUUGUUCGCAGGCCACAGAAGAGGACCAUUGCUGAUGUCUCGGCGCGUCUCGUCCGGCUUGAAAGAACUAUCAGUGCCCUUACCAAUGGUCCCGCGGCUACACAAGUUAUUUCUACUCCUCGUCCGCCUACUGCCGACGAAGUCAACUCCAGUGACCCUAGCGUUUCUUCUGUGGUUGGCGUAUCAAGUGAAGAAAGACUCGUUCAAGGUGACUCUUCAAGCCGCUAUUUCAACGAUGCUCUCCUUUCUCAAGUCAUGGAAGAGGAGCAAGAAAUCAAGCUCUUGAUCGAGAACCAGCAUGCCGGAAGUGACUCCCACUACUCCGCUUGCCUGGAAAUUGAUCCGCUUCUAUCCGCCUUCCAUAGACCAUCUCUGGGGAGCGGUUACAAUCAUCCGUCUCGACCAUGUGCUGUACAACUAUGGCAAGCUUUUGUCAAUAAUGUUGACCCGCUCUUCAAGAUCCUCCAUAUCCCAUCGACCCAGGGCAUUAUCUACGGCGCAAUCAACAAUCCUGUUCAUGUUAACCCCAGAGUUAGUGCUCUUCAAUUCGCCAUAUACUUUGCCGGAGUGGCGAGCUUGGAUUCAGAUCAUGUAACGCAUCUCCUCGGGCAGGCCAAAAACACCGCUUUAAACACCUUCAAGCAGGGACUGGAGCAUUCGCUCGCUGCCGCAGAUUUCUUAGACACCCCGACAUUAAUGACAUUGCAGGCGAUAACUUUGUACCUGUUUUGUUCUCGCUCAUCCCGUGGAGGUCGAGCUAUCUGGGCCUUGAAUGGACUUGUUACCCGGUCAGCUCAGUCCAUUGGUCUUCACCGUGAUGGCACGAACUUCAAGCUUCCGCCCUUUGAAUGCGAGAUGCGGCGACGCCUAUGGUGGCUGAUUGUUACCAACGACUCCCGAGUAACUGAAGAUCACGGCCUAAAGAUCUACACACCCGACAGCGCAAUCGAUGUUGCAUUCCCCUCAAAUGUUGACGACGGCGAACUCUAUCCGACCAUGGAACGCCCUCCGAUUGUAAAACCGGGAUGGACUGAUAUGUCAUUUACUCUAAUGGUAAUCGAAGCACACAACGUUCUCCGAAAACUAUCUCUGAGCACCUCACUCACUAGCAGCCAUCCUACUGAAUUGGCCCGGCAACAAGCGUUCCAAACGCUCAGAACACAAUUUGAUAUGGAGUACUUGCAAUAUUGCGAUCAGAAUAUUCCAAUUCAACGCAUGGCAUAUCUGAUUGGUAAGCUGCUUCCUAGCAAGCUUGAUUUUGUUACCCGCCAGAUAUGGCUACGACACCACACCCCAACGCUUGCAACAAUUUCUACUCCGACAGAAGCGACAGAGACAUUUCAAAAAGCGGAAAAAGAUUUCCUUCACGCCUGCAAAAUUCUAGAGAUUAGCGAACAAUUUCGAACCGAUGACAUGCUUCAAGGAUUUCAAUGGAACACACAGAGUUAUCCUCAGUAUCAUGUGCUGAUGUUCAUUUUUCGAUACUUGUGUGUCUCGCCUGAGGGUCCUGAUACGGACAAGGCGUGGAUGUUAGCAAAUGCUUGCUUUGCGAGUGCAAUCCCUGACGAGGGGGGCGGGAAUUGGACCGUUUUACGCAGAUUGAGAGAGAAAGCAAUGAAACUCAGAGUUGCUGUAUUAGGGAGAGGAAAGGGAGAGGAAAGCUUUGAUAUGGAGGCAGCAACUACAGUUGAUGUUGGUGGAGCAAGUGGUGCUUACGGAGGACAAUUUCUUUCAAGCAUGGACUGGAGUAUGGACGCAUUCGAUCAUAUGUACUGGGACUCGAUGAUUGACGAUGUCGAUGUGGGAAGCUUUUGA